AUGCAACCCAAAGCGCCUGAAAAGACGUCCCCUGCGACCGACGCCAACGGGCAGCAAACCAAUGGCACCAACAACCACACGUCCAACGGCAACGGCUACAGCUCCGAAACAUCUUCCUCUUCAUCUCUAUCUCCAUCGACGAUCCGGCAAAAGUUCCUCUCGAAACCCUCCGACCUGGGCGUCGUCCUAGUCGGCUUCUCCGGCGGCCAAUGCAAAGAAGGCGUAGACGCAGCACCCACCGCCCUCAUUGAAGCCGGCCUUUUGGACCAACUGCGCGAUGAACUAGGCUACAACCUCCACGGCGACAACAGCGUACACAACUACAACGAGAUGCGGCCCGCAAACGACCCACCGCACCGGGGGAUGAAGAACCCGCGCGCCGUGUCCGCAGUGACUGAGAAACUCGCAACACAAGUCUACGAACAAGCACGUGAGGGCCGAAUGGUUUUGACUCUCGGCGGAGACCACAGCAUCGCAAUCGGCACGCUUGCAGGCACAGCGAAGGCGAUUCGCGAGCGCCACAACGGCCGCGAAAUGGCUGUCAUCUGGGUCGACGCGCACGCGGACAUCAACACGCCUGAAACAUCUGAUUCCGGAAACGUGCACGGCAUGCCAGUGGCCUUUUCCACGGGUCUGGCGACGUCCAAGGAACCAGGCAUUUUCGACUGGUUGACUGAAGAGCAACGUGUCAGCCACCGCAAACUUGUCUAUAUUGGUCUCCGGGACGUUGACCGCGGCGAAAAGAAGAUUCUGCGGGAUAAUGGGAUCAAGGCGUUCAGUAUGCAUGAUAUUGAUCGUCAUGGGAUUGGUCGUGUUGUGGAAAUGGCGCUUGCGCAUAUUGGGUCCGAUACUCCGAUUCAUUUGAGCUUUGAUGUCGAUGCCCUCGACCCAAUGUGGGCUCCGAGUACGGGUACGCCUGUCAGAGGUGGCUUGACGUUGAGAGAGGGUGAUUACAUUGCCGAAUGUGUGCAUGAGACUGGCCAGUUGAUUGCUAUGGAUUUGGUCGAGGUCAAUCCUUCCCUUGAGGUUGCGGGCGCUUCGGAGACGGUGAGGGCGGGUGUUAGUUUGGUUAGGUGUGCUUUGGGAGAUACUUUGCUUUGA